AGUGUCAGAACCCUGCUACUAGAGCCUGGAUGUGGCUCUGAGUUUCAGGGUCACUGACAUUGAUAAGACACCUGCGUCCCAGGACUCGGAGGAGAAACGGCUGAUGGACUUGGCGGGGAAUUUGCGCGGGGUUUUACUGAGCGGGAAGAGACUGUUCAAAUGAGGGGGAGGGUAUAUAAAGGAGGGUUGGCCGGAGCCUCCCAUUCUUGGCUUUUCUGAUGUUCAUGUUUCCUACAGUAAAAGUUCCUGGUGAUACCACAGAGAGUCUCGUGUGUUCAUUCAGGAGCGGCUGUGGUGAGCUGACACUAAGCCAAGAAAUCGGACACCAUCCCGCUGUAGCGGUGAGGUGUAACAUGCAAGUGGAGGAUGAAGAGCUCUUGGGCGCCGGAGGAGGAAGGUCGGAAAGGGCCACUCCCGAGACGGACGCUGAGUUCCACCAGCUGGCGGCCCUGGCGUCAUCCACCGCUUAUGCCCAGCCGAAUGGGGUAACCCAGAGGCGCGGAGUGGUGCGGGGAGAUAGCACCGGAGGAGAGGAAGGUUCACCUUCCCCAGGCCCGCAAAAGAUGGUGUUUCUGGAGGAGAGGAUGUCGGCGAUGGAGACCACCCUGGCAGUGAUGUCGAGGGCGAUGGAGCGCCUGGCGGUUUUGGCGGAGCCGGAGCGAGGAAGGGAACUCCGGGCUAGCUCAAUGUGGGACGUGAGCAUGGGAAGCAGCCAGGGCUUUGCAGACCUCCCAGCACCGAAGGGAAGGGAAAUGCGAAAGGAGCCCGGUGCCCGGCCCAAGAUCCAAACGAGCCUGACGCGGGUGGAGGAGAGUGACGACGAAGGGGAAAAGCCUCCGAGAAUCCCGGCUACGCUCCCAACUGAGACCCUGGUGCCCCUGGCGAAUGCCGGGCGUGGCACAGGACAAAGGGAAGCAGCAGCGGGGCCCACUGGCCCGCAAGGGGGCUUGCGACGGGCGGAGAAUUGGGGAUUGCCACCACAGGGACCCCUACCGAGACGAGAGGAACUAAGGAUCGAGUUUGGGGGAGAGUCCUCUGAACUGGAUUUUUUCCUGACCACGGUGAGGGGCUAUAUGGAGGACAAUGCCCACACUUUUAGAACGGAAUCCAGCCGGGUACGGGCCAUUGGUGCAGUGUUGAAGAGGGGAGCGGCCAGCUGGUACGUUCAACUACACGCGCGGCGCGACCCAUGUCUGGGGUCACUCCGACGCUUUAUGGGGGCCCUGGAGACCCGUUUCCGAGAUCCACUGGAGCAGAUCCGGGCGAGGGAGGAGUUGAAGACCGUCUCCCAGGGGCAGAGGUCGGUAUCUGAGUAUGCGGAGGAGUUCCAAUGCCUCGCUGAAAAGGUGCCGGAAUGGUCUGCAGUGACAAAGAUAGAACUCUUCAAAGAGGGGCUCAGGCGGGAGAUCCUCUCCUGGGCGGUGCAUCGUGAUGAGCCUGACACACUGCGCGGAUGGAUUCAGCUGGCGGGGCGCAUCGAGACAUCGCUGGCCCAGGCGAGGAGGCACCGAGGAGGGCUACAGCAGCGGCCGCAGAUGAAAGAGGGGAGCCGGAAGGAGGGAUCAACCCCAGCCGGGAGGAGAACGGAGCCGACAGGGAACGUGAGCACCAGCAGGAGGGGCUGCUUCGUGUGCGGCCGUUUGGGCCACAGGGCUGCCGAGUGCUGGCAGAGAAAAGGGGAAGGCGGAGGCCCGCCCAAACCAAGAGCCGUGGCAGGGAAACGCGCCGAGGAAGAACCACCGAUGAGGCACCACUCGGGGGGGUUGGACGAAGGGGAGGAGGACGCCAUGUCAGAACCCUGCUACUAGAGCCUGGAUGUGGCUCUGAGUUUCAGGGUCACUGACAUUGAUAAGACACCUGCGUCCCAGGACUCGGAGGAGAAACGGCUGAUGGACUUGGCGGGGAAUUUGCGCGGGGUUUUACUGAGCGGGAAGAGACUGUUCAAAUGAGGGGGAGGGUAUAUAAAGGAGGGUUGGCCGGAGCCUCCCAUUCUUGGCUUUUCUGAUGUUCAUGUUUCCUACAGUAAAAGUUCCUGGUGAUACCACAGAGAGUCUCGUGUGUUCAUUCAGGAGCGGCUGUGGUGAGCUGACA